UGUGGAAAGGUGCCAAUAAAGGUACCUGACAACAGAAUUCCAUCUGAAAGAGACCAUUCUAGUAUGUCAGAGCAUGAGGCCGUUGAGCAUCCUGACUAGACCUAGUCCUGUGGACCAGAGCACAUUCAUACUCACUCAAAAAAUUGAGAGUCCACAGACAAAAUACUGUGAGCUGGAUUAAAAAAUAUUACUGCCAGGAGAAUACUGGACUUGUCCCAGUGGUGGUGGUCUGUUGGUGCAGGAAGAAUAUCUUUCUGAAGGAUGUACUCCAGUCCCUGGUCACCCUAAUUAUGGAUGUGACUCUCCUAGGCUAUAGGGAAGAAACAAGAAAAAACAGUACAAUACAGUUGGUCCAAAAGAAAAGUAAAAAAAAAAAAUACCAUACUAAUGUGGUAAAUAUGAGGGUAUUUCAUCUGUCUUUUCUGGAAUUGAGGAAAGAAUGGAAAGAAAAUCAUGUACUGGUCUAAUCAGACAGCCCUUUGCCUUUAGCAGAGAGAAAUUAGGUGCAGGAGACCAAGGUCCAAAAACUCCUCUUUGCUUCCUCUAGCAGAGGGUAGGAAAAAAUAGAGUAGACCCAGGUGUCAGAAUGAUCUCCCAAGGGAAAACUCUGAGAGUCCAAACUCCAGGUUUUCACUGCCGUGUGCAGAAAUCACCAACAGAAGCCUGAUCACCUCUGCUGACCUUGGCAGAAAUAAAGUUGCUCUCCUCCAGACACUUUGUGCAUUCCAAGCAAUGGGAAUGUCAAGACAGAUGGGCUUUAUUUCUGAAACCUUGCCUUGAAAUGCUGAAAAUUCUCUGCAGAGGAGCUGAAGUUAGUUAAAUACUGGAACAACUGCUGAUUUAUUUGCAUCUUUCAACAUGACCAAUCCCCAGCCUACAAUAGAAGGUGGAGUUUCAGAAGUUGAGAUCAUUUCACAACAAGUAGAAGAGGAGACCAAAAGCUUAGCUCCUGUACAACUUGUUAACUUCACUUAUCGAGAUUUACCCCUUGCUGCGCUUGAUCUCUCUGUGGCAGGGUCCCAGCUCUUGUCAAAUUUGGAUGAGGAGUACCAAAGAGAAGGAUCUAACUGGCUAAAGCCGUGCUGUGGGAGACGAGCAGCUGUGUGGCAGGUAUUUUUGCUCAGUGCAAGUCUCAACAGUUUCCUGGUAGCCUGUGUAGUGUUGGUGGUGAUUCUCCUGACUCUGGAACUCCUAAUAGAUAUAAAGCUUCUCCAGUUUUCAAGUGCAUCACAGUUUGCAGGAAUUAUUCACUGGAUCAGCCUAGUCAUCCUGUCUGUGUUCUUUUCAGAGACUAUUUUGAGAAUUGUGGUUCUCGGUAUAUGGGAUUAUAUUGAAAACAAAAUAGAGGUAUUUGAUGGUGCUGUAAUAAUUUUAUCCUUGGCUCCAAUGGUGGCCUCUACAGUGGCAAAUGGCCCAAGCAGUCCUUGGGAUGCCAUCAGUCUCAUUAUCACUCUGAGAAUUUGGAGAGUUAAGAGAAUUAUUGAUGCAUAUGUGCUGCCAGUGAAAGUGGAGAUGGAGAUGGUGAUUCACCAAUAUGAGAAGGCAAAGGUCAUUCAAGAUGAGCAGCUGGAAAGGCUAACCCAGAUCUGCCAAGAACAAGGGGUAAAAAUUCCAUUAUAUUUUUAUUUACAUGUUGUCUUCACUGGAACGGGAAGAAUGAAUUUUAGUUCAUGGAAACGUUUCUUUUGAUCUGAGGUUUGGUGAAAGCUUUAUUUUCACAAAAGCUAAAUUCUGGGAUAUAUUUGGCUUGAUGGUGCCCAGGAGAAAGCAUUUCACAAGGAAGCCUGUCAUCCUUACUCAGGGAAAUCUCCCAUUCACUGGGAGUUUUAGUUGUGCAGAAAACACAGGGUCAGUUGUCAAGAGAGAUGAUAGGCUUAUUUCUGGCACUCAGCCCAAGCCAGGCUGAAGCAAGAGACUGGAAGGGCACCACCCAAGCACAAGACAAAGGAAGACAUACAGCCUAGAGGGAUGGCAAAGUAUCAGAAAACUAGAGCAAAGCCCUACAAAUGCUCCCUUGCAUGUAUGGUUAAAUACUGUCAAAACCUAGCAUCCGUACCCUGUGCUGUAAUGGUUAGUACACCCCCGUAUAUCCAACAAAAAUAAAUGUUGCAUUGCUCGAUGGAGUAAAUCCAUGGAAACAGAAUAGAGUCUCUCCUAGCUUCGAGGUGGCAUCAGCUACAGUAAAAAAUAUAUACUAAAGAAAAAUGACAGCAUACUAAUCUCCUUUGUUUUCAUAUCUUGUAUUCCUGCCAAACAAAUGUCUCAGCUGUAUAUUAUGAGGUAAAUGCACUAAUUUGCUGCAACACAAGACAUUGACACAAGAACUGCAUCCUCCCUUCAUAAACGGACAGCUUCAUAAGCGAGUGGAGAAUAAGCUGUCAGCAUUAUAAUAGUCACAUUGACAUUGUAUGUAGUGUGUAAUUGAGAAAACAUAUCUUAAUGUUCUUUAACAUCUAAAAUUCUGUCCAGCUUCCAAACACCUGCUUUUACACCAUUAUUAACAUUUUUAACUUUUGAAAUGCAGACCUCUUCUUGGAGCUUGCUGUCUUGAAAGUUUGUGUUUGUAUUUUUGAGCUAACGAUGUGGAUUUUGGACAGGAAAGUUCCAAUAAAAAAAGGUUCCCCUACGAUGGUAACAUCUGGAAAAGACACAUGCAAAGAGGAAAAAGCAGUAUUCUUAAGUUUCAAAGCAUCAUAUAUAGAUAGUGAGAGAUUAAAAAUAUGGGGCAGAUCCAUAGCCAGAGUAAUUUCCAUAGGUCCAGCUGAGGAUUUGCCCCAUAGAUAUAUGUGUGUGUGUGUG